CAGGCGUCACUGCCUCGGACUGGCUGCGUGCAAAAGGGGUAAGCGGCUAGCGCACAGAUUUCCGAAAGUAACAGACAGUGUCCGUCAAGUUGGAGAUCACUCCGAUGCCAUUGACCGUGAUAGGGAGAACUCCGCCCCUUCCCGGCCCGGCCCCGCCCCGCCGUCACGAGCUCCCAGGGCCGCAUUCGGAAGCUGUUGCGGCGACGCGAGGUGCAGGAUGAAGUGGCGGGCGGUGGGUUGGUGCUCGCUGCUGGCUGGUUUCGCCGUCUUCACAUCCGCGCAGUUUGUGCCGCCGUAUACUGAAGAUUGCAGAAGAGGCAUGUAUCCACCAACAGGCCCCACAUUUAAGGGAAGUGUUCCUUGGUACAAGAUAGAUCUUGAUGCAACUCCACGUAAAAGAUGGAAUCAGUUGAUUAAUGAUAAAAAAGUGGAGUUGACCAAUUUAAUCCAGGUGAUCAAGGACUUGGCAAUUGAUUUCUUCCCCAGUGGAAAAUUAAUUGAACUAGUGGAUAAAGGUUUGGCUCCACUUGUUGAUACACUUCCUUCUCCAUUUAAUGAAGAACUAAAGGGAAUUGCAGAUGUAUCUGGUGUGGCUUUGGGAGAAAUUAUGUUGUUUAAUAUCUUCUACGAAGUGUUUACAGUGUGCACGUCACUUGUAGCUGAAGAUAAAACAGGGAAAUUGUAUCAUGCUAGAAAUCUGGAUUUUGGAUUAUUCCUUGGCUGGGAUAUAAAAAACAAUAGCUGGAGGAUUCCGGAAUAUCUUAGACCUCUAACAGUUAAUCUAGAUUUCCAGAGAAACAACAGAACUGUAUUUAAGUCUACUAAUUUUGCCGGAUAUGUAGGAAUGUUGACUGGCAUGAAACCGGGAACAUUUACACUCACGAUGAAUGAACGUUUCAGCAUCGAUGGGGGAUAUAUUGGCAUCAUUGAAUGGAUCCUGGGAAAGAGGAAUGGUGUAUGGAUGAGUUUCCUCACUCGAUCAGUGUUGGAGAAUGCCACCAGUUAUGCACAAGCCAAGGAGCUAUUAGCUAAUACAGAAAUGUUAGCUCCAGCGUAUUUCAUUCUUGGCGGCAACCAGUCGGGUGAAGGUUGUGUAAUCACACGCUCAAGGACAGCUAGUCUCCAUAUCUGGGAGCUUGACAUUAAACGUGGCGGAUGGUAUGUGCUAGAGACAAAUUAUGACCACUGGAAGGAGCCGUUGUUCCUGGAUGAUCGUAGAACUCCUGCAAUGAAAUGCAUGAAUCAAACAACACAGGCUAAAAUCUCUUUAGAAACUAUUUAUGAUGUUUUAUCUACAAAGCCAGUUCUCAAUAAGUUGACUACAUACACCACCCUAAUGGAUGUGUCUGCCAGAACAUUUGAAUCGUAUUUACGUGACUGUCCAGACCCAUGUAUGCCGUGGUAGAACUCUCCACAAGAUAUGCAGAAUGGGAUCUCACUACUGCAUCUGAAUAUGUGCAGGAAAUUUGAGCUGCAGCAAAGCUGUUUUAUAACUCUACUGAUUUACUGUUAAUUUGCUGUAGAUAAAGCUAAUGAAUUAGACUAAAGCUUCACAUGUCUUCAGAAUGUAAGUUGUAGAGAAUGCUUUGUGUUGUCAUUUUGCUACUGUUUAAACUAGCAAACGUGGUUAUUUGUAAAGUGGCCUUUUGUCUGUCUUCUCUUUUAAUAAAGAACUUUGGCAAAGAGGUUUAACAAAGAA